AUGACUAAGGCUAAUCGCAAAGUGUUGUUGCUCGUUGAUAACUGCAUGGCGCACAAAUGCCCUACAUCACUGAAAUAUAUUAAAUUACAAUUUCUGCCGCCAAACGCAACAUCGAAACCACAACCUCUAGAUCCGGGAAUAAUUAAACAUUUCAAGCAAUUCUAUCGCAAAGAGGUGGCCAAAAUUUUAAUGAAUGAUAUGAAAGAGGGGGCAAGAACCUCACAGGAUUGUGUUCAAGACAGCGAAGAAUGGCUUGUCGUUAAAAACCAUUUCAAUUUGGAUGAACGAUUUGAUGAUUUUGUUACUUUCGGUGAUAACGUCAGUACUACGGGUCUUAUUACUGAUGAUGACAUUGUUGAUAGUGUUUUGAACAGAAAUACACUCGACAUUGUUGAGGAGGAUGAAGAGGUCGAGAACAUUAUCACUGCCAAAGAAGCUAAACAAAUGGUUGAAAAGCUUCAAACUUUUCUUGAGGCACAGGAAGCUAUACCAAAAAGUGCAUUCGAUAGCUUAGCAUCUGUUGAGCGAAACAUUUUCAAACUCAUUAACGAAACGCUAAACUUGGGCAUUAGCACAGAUGACGAUAGCAAUAGAUCGGCGAAUAGUAGCAACAGUGGCUCUUCGACGGCAGCUGAUUCAUAA